CCAUGUCAGUAUCAUCAUCACCUGUGCUAAGAAUUAAAAAGAAAAAAAACAAUAGUCAUGCAAUUUUGCUUUCGAGAAUUUCUAAACUCAAUUCCUCUCACACUAUAAUAUCUUUCCACAAUUUGUGUUUCUAAUUGCAUCGAUUUUAUUGCUGUUUUUUGUUUUUGUUUUUGGGGAGCUCUUGGACCAAUCUUUGACCUUUUUCGAACUUGGUGUUUCCGUGGAUCAAAGUCUCCUCUUUUACCUUUCUCUACGAACUUCGUUUCUCAAGAGAAAGAGAGAGAGAGAUAAAGGCGGUUCCUUUUAAAGAUAAAUCAUUUGCGAGCCUCGUUGGUAUGUUCUCAGAAAGCACAUUUGAAGAUUAGUUAGCUGUACUCUCAUGCCCUCUUCUUACAACACUUUUUCUGAAAGUGAUGAGCCACAACACUCAAAAGCAAAAAUAGAGCUUUCGGUACUAUUCUCCAAUCCUUUUUGCCUAUUCUUGUUUCUGAUGAAUCUUUAAGUUGAAAAGCUUAGGCCUUUGGUUGAAUCGUCAGUACAUUGCAAAGCGAAUUAGCUACUUUUAGACAUCCUCGAUUUGAGAUUGUAAUUGAAAAGAGUGUGUAAAGAAAGAGGGAAGAAAUGGGUUGUGCUGCUUCAAGCAUUGAUAAUGAAGAAAAGGUUCUAGUGUGUAGGCAGAGAAAGAGGCUAAUGAAAAAGUUACUAGGGUUCAGGGGAGACUUUGCUGAUGCACAGUUGGCUUAUCUUAGAGCUUUGAGGAACACUGGAGUUACUCUUAGGCAAUUCACUGAGUCUGAGACCUUGGAGCUUGAAAACACUAGUUAUGGUUUAAGUUUGCCUUUGCCUCCUUCACCGCCUCCUACAUUGCCUCCUUCUCCUCCACCACCUCCUCCAUUUAGCCCGGAUUUGAUAAAUCCCGAGACUAGUCAUGAAUUGGCUGAUGAGGAGGAAGAGGGCACUGCGGAGAUUGAUGGUGGUAAUGAUGGAAGUGGUGCAACUCCUCCGCCCCCAUUGCCGAAUUCUUGGGACAUUUGGAACCCUUUUGAGUCACUGGAGCUACAUAGUCACCCAAACGGUGACAAUGCCGUUACACAAACAGGGCUGAAGAAAAAACAACUAGUUCAGCAAGCUGAAGAGGAGAAUUGGGCGGAGACGAAGUCUCAGUUUGAGGAAGAAGAUGAGCAACAAGAAGCAGGAGGUAAUUGCCUUGAUUUAAGUGUUCAUCAGAUAGAGGCUAUUGGUGGCUGUGACACGAAGAAGCCACGGCGUUUGAAGUUUAAGCUGGGAGAAGUUAUGGACGAUAACUCCUCCAAGACAAGCUGCUCUGGUAAAGAUCUGGAUAACACUCGUGUGACUGAUUGUAGGAUCAGGAGGACCUUAGAAGGGAUCAUCAGAGAGUUGGAUGAUUACUUUCUAAAAGCAUCAGGUUGCGAGAAAGAGAUAGCUGUGAUAGUAGACAUCAACAGUAGGGAUACUGUUGAUCCUUUCAGAUAUCAGGAAACAAGAAGGAAGAAAAGCAGCUCUGCAAAGGUAUUCAGUGCAUUGUCAUGGAGCUGGUCUUCAAAGUCUCUUCAGUUGAGCAAAGAUACUACAACAAGCGGCGCUGUUGAACCCUGUAGGCCUGGAGCUCACUGCAGCACACUUGAGAAGCUGUACACAGCUGAAAAGAAACUAUACCAGCUAGUCAGAAACAAAGAAAUUGCCAAAGUGGAGCAUGAGAGGAAGUCUGCAUUACUGCAAAAGCAAGAUGGGGAAACCUUUGAUUUGAGCAAAAUGGAGAAGGCACGCUUGAGUUUGGAGAGCUUGGGAACUGAGAUACAGUUUCUAGAAGAUUCCAUAACUACAACACGCUCAUGUAUGCUUAACUUGAUCAAUGAUGAGCUGUAUCCACAGCUAGUUGCUUUAACUUCAGGGCUAGCACAUAUGUGGAAAACAAUGCUCAAGUGCCAUCAAAUCCAAAUUCAUAUAUCCCAGCAACUGAACCAUCUUCCAGAUUACCCUAGUAUAGAUCUCAGUUCGGAAUACAAACGCCAGGCGGUUAAUCAACUAGAGACCGAGGUUACUUGCUGGUACAACAGCUUUUGCAAGUUGGUAAAUUCUCAGCGAGAAUAUGUGAAAACACUCUGUACGUGGAUCCAACUUACUGAUCGCCUACCUAAUGAAGAAAACAAAAGAAGCAGCUUGCCUGUUGCUGCUCGUAAGCUCUGCAAAGAAUGGCAGCUUGUAUUUGAAAAUCUCCCUGAUAAGGUCACUUCAGAAGCCAUUAAAAGCUUUCUGAUGUCAAUUAAAUCUGUUAUUCAUCAACAAGCUGAGGAAUACAACCUGCGGAGGAAAUGUAAUAAACUUGAGAGGAGGCUGGAGAAAGAGAAAAUUUCACUGGCUGAGAUCGAAAGAAGGCUUGAGGGAAUUUCAGCAAUGGAAGAGGAGGAAUUAAGCUCAACGAGUUUGGGCUCUAAGCAUCCGCUGUCAAUCAAACAAGCCAAGGUCGAAGCCUUGAGGAAACGAGUGGACAUUGAGAAAGCUAAGUACUUAAACUCAGUCGAGGUUAGUAAGAGAAUGACGCUAGACAACCUCAAAUCAAGCCUUCCCAAUGUCUUUCAGGUGUUGACUGCUCUUGCAAAUGUCUUUGCCAAUGGGUUUGAAUCUGUUCAUGGCCAAACCCGUACAGAUGUUUCCAACACAUCCCAAGAUUCCAAUGAAUCUCAACCCUAGAAACGGCCUCAUUGCCCUGCUUGAGAUUUCAUGAGCUUGGUUCUUGAUGUUUGUUUCUUUCUGGUGCUACAAUGAUGAAGUUUUUGUAUAUGAACUACUGUAGAGGAACUCAUCAUGUUUACAACUUUGUCCAGCUCCAAAAUUGCAUCACAAGUAACUAUUCUACUUA